CGUCACUCUACAGAUAACCAAUUUCGUUACACAUCUCAUGUAUCGACCAUUAAUAUCUAUAAAGCAGUUUUUGUCUUGGUGUCAGAAAUCAGAAUUGGACGCUUACUCUCUCUCUCUUGUUUCUGGGUUUCUUGUUUUCUCUUUCCUCUUUUUAGCUGCUUCUCUCUUUUGAUGAUGUGAAAGUUGUGGUAUUAUUUUUAAAAGAAAACGCAUAUUCUUGAUUAUUGGUUCUUGAUUUUUUUGAUUCGAGAAGCUCGGUGAUGUCUUCUUCCAACAAUGAUUACAAUAAUGGUAACAGUGGAGUGUACCCUCUCUCUCUUUACCUUUCUUCACUCCCGGGCCAUCAAGGCACCAUCCGUAAUCCCUACAAUCAUCAGUCAACAGCAUCUCCGGGUCAAAUGGUAUCAGCCGUGCCUGAGUCUCUGAUCGAUUACAUGUCGUUUAACUCAAACAGUGCUGUGAAUCAGCAAGGGUUUGAGAUUCCUGAGGUGUCGAGAGAAAUCAAGAAGACAGUGAAGAAAGAUAGACACAGCAAGAUUCACACGGCGCAAGGUCUUAGAGACAGGAGGGUAAGGCUUUCUAUUGGAGUUGCUCGCCAAUUCUUUGAUCUCCAGGAUGUGUUGGGGUUUGGUAAAGCCAGUGAAACAUUGGACUGGCUUCUCAAGAAAUCAAGAAGAGCCAUCAAUGAGCUUGUCCAAGAAAAAAAGCUCAACAACAAGGAUGGAGACUUUGGAAACAAUAGGGGUGGUGAAGAAGAGGAUGAAGAUGAUGGUGCUAAGAGCUUUGUGUAUGGUUCGAGUCCAGAUUCCUGCCAAGAAGUGGUAUGUGAGGUCAAGAAGACAGAGAAGAGCAACAUAUCUUCAAAGGGAUUAAGGGAAAAAUCUAGGGGAAAGUCAAAGCAGAUAACAAGAGAGAUGACCUAUGAUCAUCCAGAAACCGUCUCCAAGAUCACACAAACUGAAAUGAUGGACCCAUUCAAGAGGUCUGUAAUUUUCAAUGAAGGACACUCUUUAUACAAGGAAGCAAUCCAAGAGUUUGAUAAUCAAGAAUGUAUCUUAACUAAGACGAAGGUCAAUCUUCCCACAGAUAUGGAUCGAAGUUACAAUCAGCAUCAUGGGACGUUUAUGUUGAAAGAUCAGGGCUCUAGCAGCAACUACGAUACCAUUCUGCCUCAAAACUUGGACUAUGGUUUUGAUCAAAACCCUUUUAUGGAUCAAACCUUUUGUGCAGUCACCAACAGGAAUUUCCCCAGGGGGUUUCCAUAAAGCUUGAUAUUCUCCGGGCAGUGGGCAUCAAAUUUAAACAUGUAAGGCAAAAAAAACAACCCUUUGUUCCUCUUCAAUGUAUAUUAAAUCGUUGGUUAUUUGUGUUCUUCUAGUAUAUAUAUGCAUGUUAUCUGAUCUUCUGUGUCAUUGAUCAAGAUAGCUUUUUUUAUGAUUCGGUGUAUACCUUAAAACUGUUUAGCUAU